UCCCUCCUCUGUCCAUUCUGCAACAAGAUGACGAAAGUGUCUGCUCCUGAGAGGCCAGUGGAGGAGUGGGCGGAUGACGUCAAGCCAAUCUUUAUCAUCCAGGGACUCUUGGACUUGUUUGGUCCGGGAUCUAAAGAUACAGCCUCCUGCAGCUACUGUAGAGAGGAAGGGGAGACAACUCCAGCUGUUGUUUAGUGCUCGGUCUGUGAUGAGGCUCCCUGUUUCAAAUGUACUGGACCUCACAACCGCAUCCCGUCAUUACGGAAACACAAAGUCAUUGACCUCUCCGGCGAGGUCAAGGCCAGAAGAAGACACAAGGUGACAUGUAAAGAGCACCAGGACGAAACCAUCAAAUAUUUGUGUAAAGAUUGUAAGAAAGCUGUUUGUCAGUCAUGCUGCACUAUCUACCACAGGAAAUGUGACUCGGUCGUCACACUCGAGUCGGAAAUGAUGGCUGUGAAGACAGAGCUGGUGAAGAUCAAAGAUACUUUGUCAAGGAGAAGACACAAACGAAACACAGAGGUGCAGAAAAAGAAAUCAGUGAUGAAAGAAGAGAUAUGUCGACAUUCACAGACGGAAUCCGACAUCCAGUCUGCAAGUCUGAAGGCAAUACAAGGGAUAAAACUCAAGGAACAGAAACUUCUGGACGAACUGAAAGAGAUGACAGACAAACACAUCGGACAACUGAAGGCAGACAUUAAGUCAGGUGAGAUGUCAGUACAGAUGUACCAACAACAGGCUGAGCUGAUAGACCAGGCUCUACAAUCUGAGUGUGACAUGGAUGUGUAUGAGAUGUAUCAGGGAUGUGAGGCUGGUGAUGUGGAGGCUUACGGAGACGCAGAUGUGAAGGAGAGAGGAAAAAUAACCAAGGUCACAUUCAGACAGGACACGGACAAGCUGAGUAAAUCUCUGGACGAUCUACAGCUGGGAGAGAUAGACAUCAUGUAUGAGGGUGUGCUGGACCUUAAGGCUACUCCUGUGUUACACGACACAAUUGGCGUCAGAGUAGCAGGCGACAGUAACAGACCAUCCCCGUGUGACGUGACAGUGAUGGUGGUGAAUGACACAGAUACAGUUGUAGUCACAGACUGGACGAACAAGAGUGUGAAGUCUUUCUACACCAGGAAUAACCAGACACGCCACAGUAAACUCAGUCUGGGUGGUAAACCAUGGAAUCUGACAAAGUUGACACACAACCGGGUGGCCGUCACUGUCCUGAACAUCAAACAGAUUGUAACAGUAGAAGUCAACCGUGACCUGGUGCUGCUGUCAACCAUCACAACCAGCAAACAGUACUUGGGCAUAACGCCCCUGACACCAUCAACACUAGCAGCUAGUUCCCAGUCUCCUCCCUGUGUUGACAUCCUGGAUAUGACAGGAAACGUGCUGAGGUCAAUCAGUCUACUCCACAAUGGUAACAACAUCUUACAAAUUCCCGUCAACCUCUGUAUCACGAGGACAGGGAACAUCCUGGUGUCUGACGGUGGAACCAAGCGUGUCGUGUGUCUGACCCCCGAGGGAGAUGUGGUGUUCAACUACAGCCCUACAGGAGACAUAACACUGAAGUCUCCCCGGGGUAUCACAAGUACCAGCACAGGUGACAUCCUGUUGACAGACUACUAUCUUGACAUUGUCAUCCAUCUGACGGAGUCAGGACAGUUUGUCAGAAGCAUACUGACACAACAGGACGGUAUUAACUACUCUCGAGGGGUGUGCGUAGACGGACAUGGCCACGUGUAUGUUUGUCUCAGUCGCAAAGGAGUUAUUAAGGUGUUUACAUGUAAACACUGACCACUUGCGGCAUACAUAUGUCUGUAGAACUCUCCCAGGUUCCUGUCAUCUUUAGGAAGGAUCCAUAAAAGCCCAAAACAGAAUGAUACUGAUUAUCCACAAGUUGCCUUAUGGAUGUCGAGAUAUAAUUUAGGCUCUUUCAGACACAUGCAUGUCUCACAGUAAAUAAAGAUAAAGAUAAAUACGAUACAUAAACGCACUGUUGUGUUAACCAUAUCUCCGAUACCAGACCUGUACAUGUGUGUUUCUCAAACUACAUCAACAGAACACGAUACAUAAACGUACUCUUGUGUUAAACAUGUCUCCGAUACCCGACCUGUACAUGUGUGUAUCUCAAACUACAUCAACAGAACACGAUACAUAAACGUACUCUUGUGUUAAACAUAUCUCCGAUACCAGACCUGUUCAAGUGUGUAUCUCUAACUCCAUCAACAGAACACGAUACAUAAAGGUACUCUUGUGUUAAACAUAUCUCCGAUACCAGACCUGUACAUGUGUGUAUCUCAAACUCCAUCAACAGAACACGAUACAUAAAGGUACUCUUGUGUUAAACAUAUCUCCGAUACCAGACCUGUACAUGUGUGUAUCUCAAACUACAUCAACAGAACACGAUACAUAAACGUACACUUGUGUUAAACAUAUCUCCGAUACCAGACCUGUACAUGUUUCUAUCUCAAACUCCAUCAACAGAGUGAAGUAAUCAGGACUGCCAAGACGUCGGUUCACCUUCCUCCAGGCAGACAUGUGGUGGAGUCUAAAGGGGGUGCUUGUUUACAGAACAACCAGGGGUCGUCGUGUGAGGGAGAGGUCGUGAAGGCGAUGUACAGACAGAGCUGGUUUUUGUGUCAACCUGUGUGGGGUGUGUCAGUACCUAGAAAUUUUGAAACAUUGCAAACCCAAAGUGACGACAUAAUGAAACGAUGUAUUGCGUUUUGUGAACAUUUAUUAUAUGUCUUUAGACUUCUAUUUCCCGUAGACGGUCAUACAAGUGUUGACUUUACUGGGACAUAUUAUAAAAAUAAACGUUGAUUGACCUGA